AUGGGGGUCGUCCGCGUCCCCGCCGACAAGUACUGGGGCGCGCAAACGCAACGCUCGCUCCAGAACUUCAAGAUCGGCGGCGAGAAGAUGCCGAUGGAGAUGCUCCGCGCUCUGGCCAUCGUCAAGCACGCCGCGGCCACCGUCAACGAGCGCCUCGGCAAGCUGGACUCCAGGCGCGCGGAGGCGAUACGCGUCGCGGCGCGCGAGGUCAUCGAGGGUAAGCUCGACGAUAACUUCCCCCUGGUCGUCUGGCAAACCGGCAGCGGCACGCAGACGAACAUGAACGUCAACGAGGUCAUAUCCAACCGAGCCAUCGAGAUGCUCGGCGGCGUCGUGGGAUCUAAGGACCCGGUGCACCCCAACGACCACGUCAACAUGUCGCAGAGUUCCAACGACACCUUCCCGACGGCCAUGUCCGUGGCGACGGCGUACGAAGUGCAGGAGGGCUUGGUCCCGGCUCUGCGAUUGCUACGGGACGAGCUCGAUAAGAAAUCUCGCGAGUGGGAGAGCAUCGUGAAGAUCGGUCGGACGCACCUGAUGGACGCGGUGCCCAUCACCCUCGGCCAGGAGUUCGGCGGAUACGCGCAGCAGCUCCGCAACUCGCUGCUCCGCGCCAAGGCGGCGAUGGUGCACUUGACCGAGCUGGCCAUCGGCGGCACUGCUGUCGGUACCGGCCUCAACUCGCACCCGAGGUACGCGGAGCUCAUGGCGCAGGAGAUAUCGGUCCUCACCGGCUUGCCGUUCGUGUCCGCGCCGAAUAAGUUCGAGUCCCUCGCGGCGCACGACGCGCAGGCGGCGUUGUCCGGCAUGCUCAAGACGAUGGCGCUCUCGCUGUUGAAAAUCUCAAACGACAUAAGGAUGCUCGGCAGCGGCCCCCGCGCGGGCCUCGGCGAGCUCAACCUCCCGGAGAACGAGCCGGGGUCGUCGAUCAUGCCCGGUAAGGUCAAUCCCACGCAGUGCGAGGCGAUGAUGAUGGUAUGCGCUCAGGUUGUCGGCAACGACAUGGGCGUGACCCUGGGCGGAGCCGCGGGAUCUCACUUUGAGCUCAACGUCGCAAAGCCCCUCAUCGCGUUCAACAACCUCCAGAGCAUCAAGCUCCUCUCGCAGGCGUCCGUCUCGUUCGCGGAGAACUGCGUGCGGGGUAUAGCGCCCAACCUCGAGCGCAUAGACGAGCUCAUGCGCUCGUCGCUGAUGCUGGUCACCGCGCUCAAUCCCCACAUCGGGUACGACAAGGCUGCGAAGAUUGCGAAAAAGGCGCACAAAGAGCGGACCACGCUGAAGGAGGCGGGAGUUUCGCUCGGGAUUCUCACCGCGGCGCAGUUCGACGAGUGGGUGAGGCCGGAACUGAUGACGUCGCCGGAGGGCGAGGGGGCGGGACACGCGGGGUUGGCGCUGGCGUCGUCGUCCAGGCUGUGA